AUGUGUAGAUGGUAUUACAUUGACAAUUCAUUGUGUUACAAAUGUUCUUCUAAAAAUGUUCAUUCCAUUAAAUGUAACAAAAUGUAUCAAUUACAAUGUGACAUUGAUUACCGUCUUUCUGAAGAUGAAAUUUGUGAAACGACAAUUUGUGAUGAAGAAGAAGUAAAAGACGAAAACGGGAAAUGCAGUUUCCUUGUCGAAAGUUGCACUAAAAUGAUCAAUGAAAUUUGUGUUGAAUGUGAAGAAGAUUUGUAUCCAAAUAUGGAUGGGAUGUGUGUUUCAACAAUGGACGAAGAAAUCGACAAUUGUUUAGUGAUGAACAACAUGGGUUGUUUAACAUGUGAUAUUGGAUAUUACACCGACGGUCAAAUAUGUUUUGAAUGUGAUGAAAAUUGUACAUCAUGUGUAUCAACAUCAUCGCAAUGUAUUUCGUGUAAAAAUGGAUAUUACUUGGGUGAGAACAACAAGUGCAUUUCCAACGACAAAUUAAUUAAUAAAUGUGAAAAAGUAGCAAUAGUCACAAGUGGGUGUUAUCAAUGCAGAAAUGGGUAUUACCGAGUAAAUCUUGACUGUAUAGAAUGUUUAUCCAAUUGUUCGACAUGUAACACAAAUUCAAAAUGUCUGACUUGUAAUUCUACAAAUUAUAAAACACAAGACGGAGACUGUUUACCACAGAGUUCAUUAAUUGGGUGUCAAGUAGAAGUGACCCAAAAUGGGUGUUCAAAGUGUCAAAAUGGAUAUUUUAAUGUAAGAACAAAUGAAUGUGAAAAGUGUGAUGACAACUGUUUGACAUGUAGUGUAUCAAAUACCAGAUGUACGUCAUGUGAUUCAAAUUACAUUUUAAAUGCAAAUAAACAAUGUAUAUCAAUGAAUAAAAUUGACAAAUGUGUUGAAACAGCAAAUUCCAAAUGCUCCAAAUGUUCAUUCUGGCAUGUCCCAAGUUAG